CCCGCCCUCUCCUGGCACGAUGCUCGAGGACAACCGCAGCGUCCUGCUCGCCGCGCUCGUGCUCGCCAUGUUCCUCCUCCGGAAGCUCCUCGACUUCCGGCGCGCCGCGGCGUCCGUCACCAACCUGCCCGGAUUCCGCACGCUCUUCAGCGACCGCUUCGUGUGGUUCCCGUACCGCGUCGACGGCAUCUCGCCGGGCCUGCAGUCGGAGAUCAACCUGUACCGCAAGUACCAGGACUUUGAGGAGGCGGGCUGGGACAUCAUGGCCGGGGUGAGCGUGUUCCCGACGAGCGAGGUGACGCUGUACCUCGCCGAUCCUGCGGUCAUAAAGGACGUGAUCGGCGCACGGGCGCGCUUCCCGAAGCCCAUGGGCCCGUACAAGGUCCUUCUUGCCUUUGGCCCGAACCUUGUGGCGUCCGAGGGCGAGGAAUGGAAGCGCCAGCGCAGGCUCGUCGCCCCGGCUUUUUCGGAGAAGAAUAACAAGCUCGUUUGGGACGAGACCGUCCGCAUUAUGCAUGAUUUAUUCGACAACGUUUGGGGCAAAGAGGACACGGUCGUCAUCGACAAUAUCACGGAUUUGACGGUACCGAUCACCUUGCUUGUUAUCGGCGUAGCCGGCUUUGGUCGCCGCAUAACUUGGAACGAGGACGCGGUCGCCCCUCCAGGGCACACCAUCACAUUCAAGGAUGCAUUGAACGUAGUCUCCCGCAACCUCUUCCUCCAGGUCCUCUUCCCCCACUGGCUCCUUAAAUGGGGGACGCCCUCCAUGCGCAGGUUUCACGCCUCGUACACCGAGCUCGGGCACUACAUGCAAGAGAUGAUCGACGCGCGGCGGUCAGCAGAGGUCAAGGAAGAGCGCCACGACCUCUUCAGCAGCCUACUCGACGCCAACGAGGGCCUUAUCGACAGUGGAGAAAAGCUGAGCGAUAUUGGUUUGAUGGGCAAUGUUUUCAUAUUUAUGGUUGCAGGAUACGAGACGAGUGCACAUACCCUCGCAUAUGCGUUCAUUCUGCUCGCAUUAUACCCCGAUGAACAGGAGAAACUAUACCAAGCCAUCAAGGCUACCCUAUCUGACGACCGCACACCCGAAUAUCACGAAUUCUCGUCCUUCGCAUACUCCAUGGCCGUAUUCAACGAAACCCUCCGGCUCUUCCCCCCAGUGAUCACCAUCCCAAAGCAGAGCGCAGAAGACGCGUCGUUCACAACCACGAACGCCGCCGGCGAGAAGCGCACCGUCCCCGUGCCCAAGGGCACGUACGUCACCGUGCACACCCCCGGCCUGCACAACAACCCGAAGUACUGGGCGGACCCGGACGCGUUCAGGCCCUCGCGGUUCCUGACGGACUACCCGCGCGACGCGUUCCUGCCGUUCAGCGGCGGCCCGCGCGGCUGUAUCGGACGCGGGUUCACCGAAACCGAGUCGAUCGCGGUGCUCACGGUCCUCAUCUCGCGCUACCGCGUCGAGGUGCGUGACGAGCCGCAGUUCGCGGGCGAGAGCUUCGCGCAGCGCAGGGCGCGCCUCCUCCGGAGCAAGCUCAGCCUCACGCUCUUUCCGGAGAGAGCGCCGCUCGUGUUCAAGCGACGAUAGACGACUCGUAUGAGAGCAUGACUUGCACGACCAUGAUCACCAUCCUCGGAGGACUUGCCCCCGUGGGGAUACCAUGCUGCGCGGCAGGCGCACGCCGGACUGUACAUGUGUCUUUAGCACCCUGUGUUACCACGAACAGUGUAGCUCUUCCGUCGACUAUCUUCUCUCUUGGAGUGCGCGGCCCACGCGGAUAUGCGGGCCUAGUUCCGUGUUUGUAGACACGUUCUUCUCUCCUGCGGACGUUUAUACCUACG